AUGGUUAAACUAGAUGAGGUAACAAACGAAAAGUGCUUCCCGCGUGGUGGUGGUUCGGACAAGCCAAAACCAUUGAACAAAUCCAACUCGGACUUUGUAGGAACGAAAGGAGGGCUAAAGAGAAAGUCCGCAGCCCCAGAACAACACGAGGCCAAGAAAGCUAAAGAAGAAUCUAGCUGGAUUCCGAAGGUUGAGGAGAACUGCUUCAUUGAAGGACUCACAGGUUUUGGGGUAGUUUCUGAGGUUUUCGAUGAUGGAGUUCUUCUGCAUACCGCUGGUACACAUACCGUCAAGAUUCAUGCUUCAGAAGUCUCGAAGAAGUUUACGGAACUUUUCAACGAGGAAAAAAUUGAGAUUAAGAAUGCAUUUCAACUCGGCCAGAUGGUUCCAUUUCGUGUGAUUAGUAAGAAGCAAGGUAACGACAAAGGGAAGGUGAAAGGAACUUGCAACCCAGCUCGGCUCAACAAACAUCUCUCUCCAAAUAUGUUGGCUGCCGGUCUCGUUCUUCAUACCGCCGUCGUCAGUAUUGAGGAGAAGGGUGCUAUUCUGGAUGUUGGACUUGAUCAAAUAACAGGAUUCAUCGAGAAAUCGCAAUUUCCAGCAGCAGGAUUGAAAGAAGGAAUGCCACUUAUUGUUCGAGUUCUAUCUUCCACGUCAAGAGUAGUAAAAGUAACUUCCUUUGUGGAGCAGGACAAUUUGAAUAUGACGUCUUGUGAGAAGCUCCAACUGAACCAUUUGAUGCCUGGAACAAUUCUCGAAUGUGAGCCAACAGGAGACGCAGUUACUGCUGGAGUCAUUGUAAACAUUGGAAAUGGCCUGAAAGGAAUUCUCCCUCGCCGAAAUUUGCCUCCGCGCCUUCGUGAGAAUCCGGAGAAGCUCGGGAAAGCCAUUAGAGCAAUUGUGAUGUUCUGUCAACAAAAUUCAAAAAUCCUUGUACUCAAUGCACACCCAGAUAUUGUUGCUGCCAGUCGUAUCGAAAAAAGAACAUCGUUUGAAGGAAUUUCAAUUGGAGACAAAGUCAAGUGCACUGUAAUUGAUGUACUCCCAACCAAAAGUAUGGUGUACUUUGCUCUCCCUGCUAUCGAUGGAAAAAAGUCAUUGGUCACUGCGGUGUCAUCUCGAGGACUUUUGGAAAAACCAGAUCAAGUUUCUACUGAGUAUGAAGUUGGAACGGAAAAGCUGUGUCGAGUCACAGGAUUUCGAUAUGCAGACCGAUCGAUCACCAUUUCAACGAGAAAAGAUAUUUUGAAUCAAAAAAUUACAAAAUAUCAGGAUGCAAAGUGUGGAGAUGUACUUGAUGCUCGUGUUCAUCACGUGGCAAAAAGUGGAGUUUACUUCAUGGUGUGUAAUUUUGUAAAAGCAUUUGCUCCUUUGAGCAUGCUUUCGGAUAAGCCACUUCCUGCGCAAAAAAUGAAGAACAUCUAUAAAGUUGGAACUGAAGUAAAAUGUCGUGUAUGGCAGAUUUGCGACGAGAGAAAAAAUUUAAUCGUCACAUGUCGAGAGUCUAUUCUUGGAUUGAAAAGUCCGUCCGUCAACAGUGUUCAAGAGUUGGAGAUUGGAGUUACUGUUCCAUGCGUUAUCAGAAAGGUUUUCCCAACGGGAGUUCUUCUUCUCGGAACAUUCAAUAACAUUUGUGGAGUUCUUAGAAAGGAAUCCGCCGUUCAUUUGCCAGGAACACCGAAGAACAACGAUUUUGUAGUUGCUAAUGUGGAGAAGAUCGAGGACAACCGAGUUGUAUUUGUGCUUCGUGACGUUAACCCGAGUGCUGCUGUUGCAAAUGGACAAAAUUCCGAGAAGAAACUGGUUCAGAGACCGAACCCAGCUGAUGGAGGUAUAUCAAUUGGAAAGAUCUACAAAGGAUCAUUGUGUGCCAAGGCAGGAGAGAAAGCAAAUGUCACUUUCACCGGUGAAGGAAAGAAAGAAGUUUAUGCUUCUGUAGAUGAUCAUCUUCUAUCCGAUCUUCUUGAUGCUCCAAUUGGACUAACAAAGAGAUUGUUGAUUGAGAAUAAGGAAGAUAUUUCAACUAUUGUGCCAAUGGGUAAAAUGGCAGCUAUCAACCGAGCCUGUGUGAAAAGAUCUGUUGCUAGUUUUGUAAAAGGAAUGAAGCUACCAAAGAAGAUUGAUGAGCUGAAAGUAGGAAAAGUUAUUGUCGGAAUCGUUGGGCAAGUCAUCACGAAUGUUGGAGUAUUUGUGGAGCUCGUUGGAGGAAGUGGACUUGUUGGAAAGGUUCUGGAAAGAAAGAAUGCCAAGAACACCAGCGAACUUCUCGAAGUUGGACAAGUCAUUGUGGGAACAAUUGAGAGCAUUGAUACAACGAAAAAGAGUUUUCUUAUUGAUCCAUGUACUGAUCUAGAAACUGGCGAGCUGAUGCUUAAGAAAUAUGCUCUUCCACUUUUGGAAUCAAUUGUUGAAGAAGUGAAAUGGCUCGCCGAGCAGUCCAACUAUCCAAUUCCUGGUUCCAAAGUCAAUGGUAAAGUCACCAAAGAAUUAGAUGAUCUGACGCUAGUGGAAUUCGAGCACAAUGGAAAGAAGAUUGCUGGUAUUUUACCAAAGAUGGUUGAUGAUAAGAAGACAACUGAGAAAACCAAGAAGAAGAAAGCAACAAAAUCAUUUAUCGUAGUCGAUAUCAACCAUUCCACUAAUGAAGUCGUUCUGGCCACUCCAUCUACUGAACAAUCAAGAAUCGUUGCAAUACGUCGUGAUUACUUGUGCGCAGUUUCACCAGACGGUCUGAUUUAUUUACCAACAAGACUUCAUCCAAAUCAUCUUCCAACUUCUGAUUCAAAAGUUAAACUUCAUACUGUUAUCGAUCUCAAUGAUCAGAAGUCAGUUGGAGAAGGAGUUUUCGUGGCUACACGUGGUGGUGGAGAUGUGGACGAUGUAGCAAGAACAACAUUGAUCAAUAAAGAGUUUGUGGGAGACGAAAAGAAAAAGAAGCAGACAGCUGAAGGAUCUGAUGGCGCAGUGUCAACCAGCACAAAAAGCGUCAAAAAUUUCGGAGUCUACAGUGGUGUAGUUAUUGGAACCGCCAAUCUAGAAGAGAAUCGAAAAAGAAACUCAUUGUUUGCUGAUAUUCGUCUUCCUGGGGAUAAUAUUGGACGACUUCAUGUCUCUGAACUUCCUCCAAGUCUUCUGAAAGCUGAGAAUCCACUUGAUGAAUUUGUUAAAAGGAACGUGCGAAAAGCUGUUAUCGUCCGUAUUAUUGGAUUUAUCAAGAGUUCUAAGGGACCAAGAAUCGCAGAAUUGACUAUGAUCCCAUCAAAAAUUCAAGCUGGAAAGGUUCGUGCAUCCAAUCUCUCGUAUAAAUCCAACUACAAAAUCGGAGACGUCGUCAAAUGUUUCGGGGCUAACACAAUGACUGAAAAACAGGAAUUAAAAGUUGAAGUCAAUCCAGUUUGGACUGGAACCAUCUCUCGUGAGAAUCUGUCUGAUGAUCUGAAAGUAACUGCUGCUGAUGGAGGAAUCGUUGACUUGGCUCUCAAAAAAGGAGAAAUGCGCGAAGCAAAGAUCACGGCUGUUGACAGAAAGAAUAUGUCAUUAAAGUUGACUCUUGAUACUGCUGAAGAAGCAUUCGAAAUUGGAGCAUCUGUAACAGGACGUGUCUUCUUUGUUAGUAAAACCUACAUCCGAUUGAAGCUUUCAUCUGGACAACAAGCUGUUCUAACACCAACUGCUAUCACGGAUAAAUAUGAAACCAUUGAGAAAAUCACAGAGAACCAGUUGACAGAUGGAAAACUUGUUGAUGUUGUCUGCGCAAAAUUACAAGAAAAACCACGAAGAUAUUUCGUUGUGCUCAAAAAUCGGUUUAACUCUAAAUCUACGGAUGCAAAAAGACAAUUGUUAUUAGAUAGCAAACUCAUGAAGGAAGGUGAUCAGUAUGAUGGAAUCGUUGAAAACGCCUCGAAAGGAUCGUUAUUCAUUGAACUUGGACCUGGAGUUUCCGGACGAAUCCCAGUGAAUGAGGAGAAUCAAGAUCUAUUGGAAAUCGGAACGAACAGUGUUAUCCGUGUGACCGUCGUUAAAGUUGCAAAGAAUGAAAUCACAUUGAAGCUCGACGACAUUCUCAUUAGAAAAUGGACAGUGAAGCCGGAUAGAAAACGGACGUCAUCAAAAAGUGAAGGAGUUCCAUCCAAAGUCGCCUUAUUGGAAGAGGAAAGAUCAAAGGAGACUGUUGAAGCUGAAGAUCCUGGAUUUGAUUGGUCGAAUAAGGGGUUUAGAAAUGAAGACUUGGCUGCUGUUGGAAAAUUGACAUUGAAGGAUGCUGAAGAAGAGAGUGAGGAAGAAGAAGAAGAGGACGAAGAAGAAGUCGAGGAUGAAGAAGUCGAUGAGGAUGCUUCGGAUGAAGAAGAAGAAGUAGAUGGUGAAGAAGAUGAGUCGGAUGAUGAAGAGAAUAUAGAACUAAUUGAAAAAUCAGAAGAAGAUCAUUCAAGGCUUGUACGCAGUGAUCCAAACUCUGCAAUCAAUUGGAUCGAAUACAUGAGUCACUUUAUUGAAAAAUCCGACUUGGCGGCUGCCAGAAAAACUGCAGAAGAAGCUCUUGGAGCUAUCAAUCCAACUGAAUCUGAUGAACUCCUGAAGAUUUGGACUGCGUAUCUCAACAUGGAGGUUGCCUACGGAGAUGCCGCUACUGUUCAAAAAGUUUUCGAGCGUGCCUGCAAAAACGCCAACGCUUACACUGUUCAUAAGACCCUUUCAAAAAUCUAUCAAAAGUUCGAAAAAAAUGCCGAAGCUACUCAGAUCUUGGAGCAGAUGGUUAAGAAGUUCCGUGCAAAUCAGCUCGAAGUUUGGACUCUGCUCGCCGAGCACUUGAUGACACAAAACGACCAAAAAGCGGCGAGGGAGCUUCUCCCCAGGGCAUUGAAAAGUGCGCCAAAGGCCCAACAGCACGUCCAACUCAUUUCAAAGUUUGCCCAACUCGAAUUCAAGCACGGUGAUGCUGAACGUGGAAGAACUCUUCUCGAAGGACUUGUCACUGCUCAUCCAAAGAAAACCGAUCUUUGGUUGGUGUACGCUGAAGCUGUUCUGAAACAUCUUGGAAUUGAACAUGCACGAAAAGUUCUUGAAAGAGCCUGCAAUCUUGGAUUCUCGAUCCAUAAAAUGAGACCUUUAUACAAGAAAUGGUUGGAGAUGGAGAGCAAGCAUGGUGAUGCUGCCGCAGUUGAGCUUGUAAAAGCAAAAGCUGAAAAGUUCCUGCAAGCUGUUGCUGAUAAUGUAUUAGAAGAGGAUAACUAGUUAAAUCCUCACAUUGUUAUAAUUUCGUUUAUUUUUUCUUGUUUUUCACCAGUUUCUAUUUUUCCUUUCUUAAAAUUUUAUAGUUUUUGUUCUGUUUUGUUGUCACCUUUUAUCCCUCUUUGUUAUACCCCAAUUUGUUUCCCAAUUGUUAUGGAAUUCGUUAAAGUCAUUGAAACUAUUUGUUACAAUGGUUUUCAGAUAAAUCAAUAAAACUGAAAAUUUAA